GGGGCUCAGCUGGGAGGAGGUGCAGUGUGUGAGGUAAGAUUCCAUGAGGAUUUUGUUAUAUUGGAGAUUUAUCAGGACAUUUAUGAAGCUUUUUUCUUCUCUGGGUCCGUGCGACUUUUUGUGCGAAUAUUGGCCCCAUCAAGACCAUUCCCCUCCAGCUGACCCAGUUGUCUCCUCUUCUCCUGAAUGACCCCCAAGGAUGGACAAGGACAGGAAUGAGAUGACUAAGAGAAUAUUACACUUCACCUUGGAGAUCCUCCACCUGCUGACCGGAGAGGAUUACACCAUAGUGAAGAAGACAUGGGGGGAGAGUGUGGCCCCCAGCAGCCAUCUGCAUGAGUCAGGAGGACGGAGCAGGGCCCGGGGCCCCAUGACGGAGCCUCCACCUCACUCACUGAUCCAUGAGAAGAAGAUCCUAGAACUCACCCACAGGAUCACUGAGCUGCUGACUAGAGAGGUUCCUAUAAGGUGUCAGGAUGUGGCGGUCUAUUUCUCCAUGGAGGAGUGGGAGUAUGUAGAAGGACACAAGGAUCUGUACCAGGACAUGAUGGAGAAUGACCCCCCGGAGAUGGAUGAGGACAGAGAACAGACGGCUGCAGAGAUAUUUGUCCUCACAUUGGAAAUAAUCUACUUGAUAUCUGGAAAGGAUUAUACGAUAAUGAAUAAGUCAACUGGAGAGAGUGUGACCCCCCAUGAGUCAGGAGGACGGAGCAGGGCCCGGGGCCCCAUCAUGGAGCCUCCACCUCACUCACCGAUACAUGAGAAGAAGAUCCUAGAACUCACCCACAGGAUCACUGAGCUGCUGACUAGAGAGGUUCCUAUAAGGUGUCAGGAUGUGGCGGUCUAUUUCUCCAUGGAGGAGUGGGAGUAUGUAGAAGGACACAAGGAUCUGUACCAGGACAUAGUCAUGAUGGAGGAUCACCGGCCCCUCACAUCACAAGGGGGCUCCCCCAGGAUGGUAUUGAAGAUAUCCUCCAGUGUCACCUCGAGGUCCUCGUCGCCUCCGGAAGACCACGCACCCUCAUGUUGUUACGUCUCCCCUGGUUGUCCAAGUCUUCAACAUGGUCAUGAAGAAAAGCAAGAUGAAGAUAUGAUGGAGCGCUCCUCAGGACAGGAUGGAGAGAUCAUGGAGCGCUCCUCAGGACAGGAUGGAGAGAUCAUGGAGCGCUCCUCAGGAGAAGACCUCCUUACCCCUAAUGUCCAUCCAGAUCUAUCCUAUAAUAAUCCACCUGAUCAUGAGGAACCUUCUCCUGACCAACCACACAUUGUUACCACAAGGACAGAUAAGGAACAUGGGAAAGGUUUCUAUUGUGAUGAAUGUGGGAAACAAUUUACAAAAAGAUCAUCUCUUGUUAUACACCAAAAAAGUCACACAAAGAAGCAGUAUGUGUGUUCAGAAUGUGGGCAACGCUGUCAAACUCCAUCACAACUUAUUAUACAUGAGAGAACUCACACAGGAGAGAAGCCAUAUUCAUGUUCAGAAUGUGGGAAAUGUUUCCCAAGUAAAUCAGGUCUUGUAAAACAUCAGAGAAAUCACACAGGAGACAAGCCAUUUUCAUGUUUAGAAUGUGGGAAAUGUUUCUUAUAUAAAUCAGAUCUUCUUAUGCAUGAAAGAACUCACACAGGAGAGAAGCCAUUUUCAUGUUCAGAAUGUGGGAAAUGUUUUAGAGAUAAAUUCCAGCUUGUUAGUCAUGAGAGAACUCACACAGGAGAGAAGCCAUAUUCAUGUUUAGAAUGCGGGAAAUGUUUUACAAGUAAUUCAAAUCUUGUUACACACGAGAGAAGGCAUACAGGAGAGAAGCCUUUUUCAUGUUCAGAAUGUGGGAAAUGUUUUAGAAAUAAAUUAAAUCUAGUUACACAUCAGAGAAAUCACACAGGAGAAAUGCCAUUUUCAUGUUUAGAAUGCGGGAAAUGUUUUACAAGUAAAUCAAGCCUUGUUACACAUAAGAAAAUUCAUACAGGAGAGAAGCCAUUUUCAUGUUCAGAAUGUGGGAAAUGUUUUAGAAAUAAAUUCAAUCUAGUUACACAUCAGAGAAACCACACAGGAGAAAUGCCAUUUUCAUGUUUAGAAUGCGGGAAAUGUUUUACAAGUAAAUCAAGCCUUGUUACACAUGAGAAAAUUCAUACAGGAGAGAAGCCAUUUUCAUGUUCAGAAUGUGGGAAAUGUUUUAGAGAUAAAUUCAAUCUAGUUACACAUCAGAGAAAACACACAGGAGAAAUGCCAUUUUCAUGUUUAGAAUGCGGGAAAUGUUUUACAAGUAAAUCAAGCCUUGUUACACAUGAGAAAAUUCAUACAGGAGAGAAGCCAUUUUCAUGUUCAGAAUGUGAGAAAUGUUUUAGAGAUAAAUUCAAUCUAGUUACACAUCAGAGAAAACACACAGGAGAAAAGCCAUUUUCAUGUUUAGAAUGUGGGAAAUGUUUCCCAAAUAAAUCAAAUCUUCUUAUACAUGAGAAAAUUCACACAGGGGAGAAGUCACUAUCAUGUUCAGAAUGUGGGAAAUGUUUUAGAGAUAAAUUCCAUCUUAUUAGACAUGAGAGAACUCACACAGGAGAGAAGCCAUUGUCACAGAAUCUACAUUCAUGUUCAGAAUGUGGGAAAUGUUUUAGAGAUAAAUUCCAUCUUGUUAGACAUGAGAGAACUCACACAGGGGAGAAGCCAUUUUCAUGUUUAGAAUGCGGGAAAUGUUUUACAAGUAAAUCAAGCCUUGUUACACAUGAGAAAAUUCAUACAGGUGAGAAGCCAUUUUCAUGUUCAGAAUGUGGAAAAUGUUUCUCAACUACAUCAUAUCUUGUUACACAUGAGAAAAUUCAUACAGGAGAGAAGCCAUUUUCAUGUUUAGAAUGUGGGAAAUGUUUUACAAGUAAAUCAAGGCUUGUUACACAUGAGAAAAUUCAUACAGGAGAGAAGCCAUUUUCAUGUUCAGAAUGUGGAAAAUGUUUCUCAACUACAUCAUAUCUUGUUACACAUGAGAAAAUUCAUUCAGGAGAGAAGCCAUUUUCAUGUUCAGAAUGUGGAAAAUGUUUCUCAACUACAUCCUAUCUUGUUAGACAUCAGAGAACUCACAGAGGAGAGAAGCCAUAUUCAUGUACAGAAUGUGAGAAAUGUUUUACUCAGAAAUCAAACCUUGUAAAACAUAAAAAAACUCACAAGGGGAGAAACCAAAUCUGAGCACUAAAUGUUGUUUGAAAUACACCAGCUAAACAAAAUAAUGCACCCAACAUAGAAAUCCCCAAUUAAAGGGGUACUCUGCUGCUAGACAUCUUAUCCCCUGUCCAAAGGAUCGGGGAUAGGAAGUCUGAUCGCGGGGGUCCCCUUGGUAUCCAUGAGAGAAGCCACCUUCAUGUAUAGAAUGAGGUUCACACGUCCGUCUGCCCCGUUAUCAAUAUGUUUGAUACUUUCUCAUACAGGCUGCAAACGGCUGUAAAAUUAUCCUAUUGAUGUCUAUGGGAUUUUGUUUACAAUCCUUUAUCACCCGUUUGCUUCCUGUUCCGUUUUUUCUGACGGGGUAAAGACGGUGCAUGCAGUAUUUUAUCUCCCGUCAAAAAUAACGGAAUAGAAACGGAUAUUAUAAAUAUAACACUGAAGUCUAUGGGUGACGGAUAUUAUAAA